CAAACCACCAACUCGGUCGAAAACUCCGAGGCGCUGUUUAAAAAGAGAGAAGGCAGAGAGGCCCGCGGGCCGGAAGUGAGGAUUGGGGGAGGGGCGUCGCGAGCAACUUUUUUCGUCAGCUGUGCGAGGAGCGAGUCUGGGGAAGGAGAGAGAGAGGCAGGCGCGAGAGGAGAGAGCGGAGGGGCGCUCCACGCCGCCCGAGCGCCUUCGAAGAGGGGAGGGAAAAGAACCGUUGGAGAGAGGCCGUCAUGGAUUUCCGCGAUGUCCUCCAGAAGGCCUCGGAACAGCAGGGAUCCAGCGCCAUGUCGAAGAGAUACAGUUUGGCGGUUGGCCCUCCCAAAAAGGAUCCAAAAGUCAAAGGUGUUCAUUCAGCAGCUGUGCAAGCCUUUCUCAAAAGGCAAGAAGAGGAACAGAGGAAAAAAGAUCUUUUGGAAAAAAGAAGAAAACAAGAACUACUGGCUAGGCGCGUGGAAAUGAAACAUGACCGAAAAGCCAGAGCUAUGGCUUCACGGACAAAGGAUAAUUUUCAUGGUUAUAAUGGCAUUCCUAUGGAAGACAAGCCUAAAAAGAAGCAGGGUCAUGAAAGUAGAAGUUCUGGAAGCACAGAAUGUAGGACACAGGAUGAAAUGAAUGAAGUAGAUUAUAAUAUGUCAGAGUCUGAGCAGGAAUCAGAAGAAUAUGAAGAGAAACCGUCCAAAGUUCCAGAAAAACCAAAGGUGCUAGCCAAAAGUGCACCUCCAGCAAUGAAUUUUAAUGAUCUUUUAAAGCUUGCUGAAAAAAAACAGUAUGAGCCAGUUGAAAUAAAAGUUGUAAAAAAGACUGAAGAAAGACCAAUGACUGCAGAAGAAUUAAGAGAGCGAGAGUACUUAGAGAAGAGAAACAGAAAAGGGGUUGUACUAAAAGAAAAGAGAUCAGAGAAGGAAAUGAAAUAUACAGCUGCAUCAAGUUCUUCCAAAAAGGAAAGUUCUCAGAGGGAUUUAGUAAAUGCUAAAGCUAGCAGGCAUUCAGCAGACAAACCCGCCUUUUCUAAAGGAAGCAAUCCCUCGCAAAAUAAUAACGAUAAGAAAACCAAAGGACCAGUUUUGAGUGAAAAAUCUUCCAAAUUUGUAUCUAGUUCCAAAACAAGCCACGCUGAAAAAGUAAAAUCUGCACCUAAAGGGCCUUUAAAAAACCCUCCUCACAAUAAUCACAUUAAAGCUGGACCCAGUGGAGGAGGGAAAACUGGAUCUAAAUCCCAAACUGUAGUCUUGAAAACACCUGCAAAUGGAACUCUCAGACCAUCAUCUGAUAAAGAAACAAGUUUGAAAAAAAAUAGCACCCAUUUAAAAUCAACCAGUAUGGUUUCUUCCCAGCAAGAAACUUAUAGAAAUUCCAGCUCCAAGCAAGCAAGCAACAUUUCAAUUACAGGAGGACCCCCUGCACGAUCAAAGAGCAGCUUGAAUUCAGGCCCCGGGCAGCCAAGCCGCAGUUCGAUUACUGGGCAUGGAUCACGUAGCAUGGGACCCAGGAGAUCAGAAAACAGCUCAGGGCAAGGACAGCAAAGCACAGGACCUAGACUUGCCAGUAAUAAUUUAAGCAAGGGAUCUAGUCGACCAAGCAUCACUUCAAGGCCCGUAUGUUUAGGCAGUAGCCAAGGCGUAGGACCUGGUCGGCCAAAUUCCAAUGUAAACCCUGGACUUGGAAGGGAUAGCAGCUCAGGACCAGGUCGGCCAAGUACCACUACAGCUGGAACUCUAAAGCCAAAGUGUACUGUUGUAUCAGAAACAAUCUCAUCCAAAACUCUGGUUCCGAAACAGCUGAAUGGAAUGAGGCCAUUUCCUAAUCACAGGCCUGGGAUUACUCCACAAGGUUUUCCAAGACCAUAUCUUCCACCUAUUACCAGUAGCUAUAAAAGAAAGUAUGAAGAUGAAGAUGAAGACGAUUCUGAAAUGGAAGAUUUUAUUGAUGAUGAAGGAGAGCCUCAAGAAGAGAUCUCGAAACAUAUCAGAGAGAUAUUUGGUUAUGAUCGGGCAAAAUACAAAGAUGAAAGUGACUAUGCCUUACGUUACAUGGAAAGUAGUUGGAAAGAACAGCAGAAAGAGGAAGCCAGAAGCUUGAGACUCGGAGUGCAAGAAGAUCUGGAAGAAAUGAAACGUGAAGAGGAAGAAUUGAAAAACAGAAAGCAAACAAAGAAGUUGAGAACACGUUAACCAAUUUGCCACAGUUUUGGUUGACUGUUAUUCUACUAUUUGUUCCAAAGUUUAGCUUUAGUUGUACUCGCAUAUGAAAGAAUAAGAAAUCACGUAGAAAAUGAACAUACAGAAAAUAAGGACUUGGUGCCAGAUUUUAUGGUGCAACGGUCUGCAUGCCUUGGAGAAGGAAAAUUUGGAAUAUGAUUUUCUGCUUUUCCUCAACACUCAACACCACUUCCCCUACUGUGGGAAUACUGGGAUAUUUUCCAGGGUAGGAUGGGAAUUAGUUACUGGGACUGCCCCAAAAGAGGAAAUUAGGAGAAAACAUUAGUCCGGCUUUUUCCUUGAGCAGAAAGUUUUUAUUGGAACCCAAUCCCUAUCAUGAACAGAAAUGAUUUUUCUGUGCUCACAAAGAGGCAACUCUGGAUCCAAAAUUAUGUUCUUUCGUUUGGCGCUCAAAUAUUGACCUUUAAUAAUUGCCAAGUUUCCUUUUCUGAAACACAAAUAAAUGCACUAAUGAAGGAUAUUA